AUGCACCACCGGCUCUCCGAGCGGCGGGCACCGGUCGCGGUGUUCUGCAUCGCCGCGUGGCUCGCGCUGUGCGGCGCCGCUGCCCAACGCGGCUUCUCAGGCGAUAUUCCGGCGGCACCACAUGAUGCGGUAUACAGGGCGCACUUCCGCAACUACCCAGCGGCGCGCCCCUGCGUCUUGACGGCGGCCUUCGCGACGGUGGAAGGGGACGGCGCCAGCAACGCGUCGGCGGCUGCGUACGGCGGCUGCGACAUCGCCGGAAGCGCCGUUGUGCCGCACUCCCUCCUCCUCCUCCACGUGACCGAAGUGGCGCAGGCGUCGGUGGAAGCCUGCGGGGGCAAUGCGACGCCGCUGCAGGAGAUUCUCCGCGGACUCGCGCCUAUGGACGCGCUCUCCGCCAGUGGCGUUGGACUCGUCUUGUCGACGCGUAUCGGCAGCAGCAGCAGCAGCAACAAGACAGAUAAGAAUAGUAAAAAUGGGCCGGCGGCCGGUACGACGUACGACAUGACAUGCUUCCUAGUCGCCGUUCAGCGCUACAAUGCGCUGGCGAAGCGGCGUACGCGUGGCCCAACGCCGCUGCCGCCCGUCUCGGCGGUUGCCUUUUCUGAUGACGGGCGAGUUUGCCGCUUCUCCGGUGGUCGCCGCGGCGGCGAGGAACUGCUGCUCCCUCGCGAGGUGAGGAGCGUGUACGACUUUGUGCUUCUCUACUUCCCCACUGCCGCCGGCCGUGGCGAUGGCGACGGUGGGUGGACGGCACUCAUGGACACCGCCGAGUUUAACCGCCUUCGUUGGUCCGAGGGCCACUUCUACCCGCAGAGCGUGCUAGAGACGCGCAACGGCAUGGCGCUUGCGGAGUCCUCCGCCUCCCCCGCGCGGGCGCGGAGUUGCUUCGAGGGCCCCGCGUUGCCCUCCUGCGCCCCGCUUGGGGGCUGGACGGUGUGGACGAGCACCGCCGACAUGCGGUGGGGCUGGGACGCGGCGUCGAUGGACUUCGAAAAGAAGACGCGAAAAGGCGCCGUCGCACUACUAGUGGCAUCCACCGCCGUGUCCCUUGUGCAGGGCGCGACGCCCGGCGCGGACUGCCCGGCCAGCGCCGUCGUUGCGACGCUGGCGGUGUUGGAGGCGCUGCGGCGCGUGGGUGGGGGCGCCAACCGCGACGUCUACGCCUUCUUCUUCCCCGGCGAGCAUGUGGGCAGCGUCGGGAGCGCCCGCUUCAUCUCCGACGCGACGCGGCUGGAGUGCGCCCGCGCCGGCCUCAGCAGCUGCACGGCGCUGGCGUACAAGGACAACCUGAACUUCACCACGGUGGACUUCGGCGCCAUGGACACGUUCCUCGUGCUAGACCAGGUCGCCUACCACGACGCCCCGCUGUAUUACCACGUCGACGGCCGUGUGGGGGAGGGGUCGGCGCGGCAGCAGCAGGCGGAGGCGGAACUGAAGCGGCGUGGCGUGCGACGGGCCUCCACCGCGCGACUGCCGUAUUCCCCCAUCACAACACUGCUGGAUCUGCUACCCGCGGCGGCGGCGGGCGAGAAGGUGCUCCUCACACUCACGCGGUACAACACGACGUACGCGAAUCCGGAUGUGUUUACCGUUCUCGACACCACGGCGCGGCACUCCGCACUCCGCGCGGCGGCUGUUGCGGAGGCGGCUGAUGUUAUCCUGCGUCUGCUGCUCCCCCACACGCACCGCGCCGCUGCUCCUCCCUCUUUUUCUUCCUGGCCUCCUCCUGCGGUGUCGGUAAAUCACAGUCUGGUGGAGGAACUGUGGGGGUGCUUCACGGAGAAUUUGCACUGCGGCCUUCUCACCACGUCCGACGGCGCGGUGGCGGCCUCCGCGGCACCCGACUUCGGCGUGGGCGUCAUGAGGGGUGGCGGCAUCGCCGAUUCCCAGGCCGCCAUUGAGGCGGCGCUGCUCAGCAUAGGCUGGAACGACGUCGCGCGGUCGCCGGCGGUGCCGAAGCCGCUGCGCAUUCCCCACGGCGACUGGGCUGAGACGUGGGAGCAGGACAGGGCUUGGGCGCGGCAGCACAACGAUUCACGGUACGCACUGCACGUGAUGAGCCUUUGGAGCGAGGACGUCGGCGCCAGAAGCACAAUGGUGGAGUCUGAGGCCGUAGCUCUGGCGUUUUUCGGCCUCAGCGUCCUCGUCGCCGUCGCCGUCCUUCUGGGUGCUAACGUGUGCGUGAAGCCGUAA